AUGCCCUGCCGUCCCUAUGAGGAGCGGGUGAAGUUCUCCUCUGCCUUGGACGAGCAGCUCCUGCACGUCUCCGCUGGAGAUUCGCAUUGCCUCGCGCUGUGCCGCUCAGGGAAAGUGCUGGCUUUUGGAGAGAACAAGUACGGCCAGCUGGGAGUCGGGGACUUCGUCAGUACCGCCACCCCGAAGCCUGUGCCGACGCUGCAAAGCCGACCGGUUGUGCGGGUCUGCUGUGGUGGGGCGCACACCCUGGCGAGGACCGCCACUGGGUUGCUCUGGUCCUGGGGAUGCAAUGAGCACGGCCAGCUGGGCCUUGGGGAUCUGAAGCCAAGGUUUCGCCCUGAGCAGGUGAAAGCCAUGCGGGUCUCUCGAUGCAUCGAUGUGGCGGCAGGGAGCCGGCACAGUCUCAGCAUCUCGGAGAAGGGCUUGGCUUUCGCGUUUGGAGCUGGAGGAAGUGGCCAGCUGGGAUCUGGUGGCAUUGCCGAGGCUGAGCCCUAUCCGAAGGUAAUCGACGCCUUGAAGCUGGGGCGUGAGAAUGUCUAUGCUUGGGGCCUGGGUUCCAGCGGCCAGCUGGGCAUCUCGCGCGAGUUGCCGCAGAAGUUACGACUGGACCCCUCCCUGAAGGUCCUCAGCAUCUGUAGCGGAUCUAAUUGGGAUCCUUGGCAGGGAGGCUCUGAGCCCACGAGCAGCCGUCGGAAGGCUGUAGGAGCGGCCUUCAGCUCAGUAAGUGUCCUCAAUGCAUCCUUCCGCCGGCCAUCACCGCUGGGCACGACGGCCGAAUCCAGUGGCGUGGACCUCCUGAAAGUGCGAAAGGCAUAUCAUACACUUGUCUUUGAAUUGCGAAAUGCUGAACUGAUCAACACGCUUGGUAGAGCCACGGUCUCUAUUUGCGAUGAGCUUGCUAAGCAGCGCGUGCCGACCGAUGACCCCGAGACGCUCUGCGUGUUCCUGGUUCUGUUUGAGAAUCCUCUUCUGUUGGCGGAGCAUCGAACCUCUCUGUUCGCUGGCUUCCACGUAGCUUUACAACGUUUGACGGCAGCGGUGCUCUCGCUGCCCAAGGAGCUCAGGGCUGCACCUAGCUAA